AUGAUAUCCCACAAGCGCAUUGACCGUAUCACACUGUUCAAGAUUUCCAAUGAGAAGGACCAGAACAAAUUGUUGGAAAUAUACCGUCACAUGCCAGAGAAAGCUGUAAAAGAUGGAAAGCCUUACAUACUCUCUGUCAAGCCUGGCCGGGCUUUUCCGGAUCAAAGGGCUCAAGGUUACACCAUAGCGGUAGUCUCACAAUUUUCGAGUAUAUCGGACAUGCAAUACUACGAUAACGAAUGCAAGGCACAUGUAGAACUCAAGAGUUUUGCAAAGACGGUGCAUCAAGGCGCAAUGAUGGUUUACUACGAAAGUAUUUUGGAUUGA